ACAUCAUGGGGCACCUGGAGCUGGCAGUCUUGGGCUUCACCUGCUGUCUAGCAGUGGCGAGUGCGGCAAAGCUGGGCGCAGUGUACACAGAGGGAGGCUUCGUGGAAGGCGUCAACAAGAAGCUCGGCUUCUUCGGUGACUAUGUGGACAUCUUCAAAGGCAUCCCAUUCGCUGCAACCCCCAAGGCCCUGGAGAACCCCCAGAAACACCCCGGCUGGCAUGGGACCCUGAAGGCCACAAGCUUCAAGAAGCGAUGUCUGCAGGUCACCAUCACCCAGGACCAGACCUACGGGGAGGAAGACUGCCUCUACCUCAACAUCUGGGUGCCCCAGGGCAAGGAGGAAGUGUCCCGGGACCUGCCCGUCAUGAUCUGGAUCUACGGAGGCGCCUUCCUCAUGGGGUCUAGUCAAGGAGCCAACGUGCUCAGCAACUACCUGUACGAUGGGGAAGAGAUCGCCACGCGGGGCAACGUCAUAGUGGUCACCUUCAACUACCGCGUGGGUCCCCUCGGCUUCCUCAGCACUGGAGACCCCAACCUGCCAGGUAACUAUGGCCUUCGGGAUCAGCACAUGGCCAUUGCCUGGGUGAAGAGGAACAUCGCAGUUUUUGGGGGGGACCCCAACAACAUUACCAUCUUUGGGGAAUCAGCUGGAGGUGCCAGUGUCUCUUUGCAGACCCUCUCCCCCUACAACAAGGGCCUCUUCCAGCGAGCCAUUAGCCAGAGUGGCGUGGCACUGAGUCCCUGGGCCAUCCAGAAGAACCCACUCUUUUGGGCCAAACUGGUAGCCAAGAAGGUGGGCUGCCCCUUGAAUGACACUGCCAGGAUGGCCGGAUGUCUGAAGGUGACCGAUCCCCGGGCCCUGGCGCUGGCCUAUAAGGUGCCCCUGGCUGGCCUGGAGUAUGCCCUGGUGCAAUAUCUGGCCUUCAUCCCUGUCAUUGACGGAGACUUCAUCCCCGAAGACCCCAUCAACCUGUUUGCCAAUGCUGCUGACAUUGACUACAUAGCUGGCACCAACAACAUGGACGGUCAUCUCUUUGCCACUGUCGACAUGCCAGCCAUUGACAAGGGCAAUAAAAACAUCACGGAGGAAGACUUCUACAAGCUAGUCAGAGCGCUCACCACCUCCAAGGGGCCCAAAGGUGCCAAUGCAACCUUUGAUGUUUACACGGAGCCCUGGGCCCAAGAUUCAUCCCAGGAGGCCAGGAAGAAGACUGUGGUGGAGUUUGAGACCGACAUCCUCUUCCUGGUGUCCACGCAGAUUGCCCUGGCCCAGCACAAAGCCAACGCCAAGAGUGCCAAGACCUACAGCUACCUGUUCUCCCACCCCUCCCGGAUGCCCAUCUACCCCAGCUGGAUGGGAGCUGACCAUGCCGACGACCUCCAGUAUAUCUUUGGGAAACCCUUCGCCACCCCCUUGGGCUACCGGUCUCAAGACAGGACUGUUUCCAAGGCCAUGAUCGCCUACUGGACCAACUUUGCCAGAAGUGGGGACCCCAACACGGGCCACUCGGCCAUUCCCACACACUGGGAACCCUACACCCUGGAGAAUGGCACCUACCUGGAGAUCACCAAGAAGAUUGACAGCAGCUCCAUGAAGCAGCACCUGAGGACCAACUACGUGCAGUACUGGAGCCUGAGCUACCAGGCACUGCCCACAGUGACCGAUGGAGAGGAUGCCCCAGUGCCCCCUGCAAAUGACUCUGAGGCCAACCCUGUCCCCCCUGCGGAUGACUCCAAGGCCAACCCUGUCCCCCCUGCAGAUGACUCUGAGGAGCCUCAAAUGCCCAUAGUGAUUGGCUUCUAAUGUUCUGUGAGCCUUGUCCCCAAGAGGCCACAAGGGUGGGGACCCCAGGGGCCCCACCUCCCCUCCCGAGCUCUUUCUGAAUAAAGCCUCAUCCUUCUA